CUUCCACUCCGGCUGUCCGGCAACGCACUCCCGUCACCUCGCCCUCUCACCGCGGCGACGUCGGCUCCCGGAUCUGAACCAGCCGCAACCUACCGCCGCCGGACAGCAGCAGGUCAGGUACCCAUCCCUGGCCUGCUGUGCUGCGACUCAACCCCCCAUUUGCAGCAGCAGCAGCAGCAGCUAGGUAGUAGGCAGCGGCAUCUGUCACCGGCAGCAAAGGCAGGCAGGCGGUGCGCUCGCGCCAACGCGCCACGUGUCGUCCAUCCCUGCAUCACGCCAGAGGAUGGCCGUCGUGGCCCUCGGCGCGGCGCAAUGGGUGGUGGGGAAGGCGCUAGCCCCCGUCGCAGAUGGCGUGCUGGAGGCUUGGGCAGCCACCAAGAACUUUGGUCCCAACGUCUAGGCCCUCAGGAUGGAACUGCUGCUCGUGCAAGCAACGCUUGAAAAUGCCGGCCGCAAGGAGAUCGGUGGCCCGGCCAUGGAGGAGCUGUUGCAGAGGCUGCGGGACUCGGCGCACAAUGCCCAAGACUUGCUGGACGAGCUGGACUACUUCCGCAUCCACGACGAGCUCCAUGGCACGUACAAUGCUGCCGACCAGCACGACAAGGGUGGCUUCCACGACCUUGCCCUCAAUGCUCGCCACACUGCCAAAGCUGUUGGCAAACUGGUUAGCUGUUGCCCUUGGCAGCAUGCUAAGCGCCGGCAGAGGUCACCCGGCGAAUCCUCCUCAGCACAAGACACCAAUCAAGAAGUCAGCGGAUGCAUGCCCAAGCUGAUUGGUAAACUCCUACCUUGCUCAUCCUCCCAGGAUCCACAUAUUCGUGAGAAAGAUUGUGGCAGUGUGCAAGAAAUGGCAAAGUUUGAGUUUAAUAGGGUUGAUUUCUCUCGAAAGAUGAAGGACAUCAUAGAGAAAUUGCAGCUUGUGCGGAAGAAUGUUAAUGGCCUUUUGCAGAGUUGUGACCCUAGAAGUGUCUCAGACAUUGCCCAGUGUCGUCCUAUCACCAAGGGUCGAAUUGAUGAGCCAAAACUGUAUGGGAGGGACCGUGUCAUGGAUAGCAUUAUACAGAACAUCACCAAGGGUCAAUACGGUGACAAGGGUAUAACUGUGCUUCCGGUUGUUGGUUCAGGGGGAAUGGGGAAGACAACUCUCAUACAACACGUAUAUCGCAGCCAACAAGUGCAGGAACACUUUCCAGUCAUGAUCUGGAUAUGUGUGUCACUCCAUUUCAAUCUGGAUAAGGUGCUAGAGCAGAUUAAAACAUGUACCCCUGCAGUUGAAAAGGAAAAAAGUGGCAGUACAACUGAAGAUUUGAUUGAGCAAAGAUUAAAAUCUAAAAGGUUCUUACUUGUAUUGGAUGAUAUAUGGAAGAUUAAUAAUGGGAAUGACUGGGGAAAAUUAUUGUCGACACUCAAUAAAUCAAAGGAAAAGGGUUCCAUGAUUCUCGUCACAACUCGGUUUCAAGCAAUAGCAAAGAAGGUUGAAACACCUGGCCACUCAAUUAAGCUGAAUGGUUUAGAGUGUAAAGAGUUUAGAAAGUUAUUCCUUGCAUUUGUCUUUGGUGAUGAGCAAUAUCCAAGGGAUAAACAAUUUUUGCUUGAGACUGGAGAUAAGAUAAUGGAAAAACUAAAGGGCUCCCCUCUUGCGGCAAAAACGGUUGGUAGAUUACUGAGUAAAGACCUUAGUUUGCGUCACUGGAAAAGGGUCCUAAAAAGUAAAGGAUGGGAGAAGCAGAACGAUGACAAUGCAAUUAUGCCUGCCUUGAAGCUUAGCUAUGACUUUCUUCCUUUCCAUCUGCAACAAUGUUUUGCCUAUUCUGGAUUGUUUCCUGAAGAUUACAAUUUCAGAAGUGACGAGCUGAUCAGUCUAUGGAUUGGACUAGAUAUUUUGAAACCCAAUGGGCAAGACCAAAUAUUUGAAGACAUAGGUCUGAGCAAUUUAAAUGAGUUAGUCAUCCAUGGAUUUUUCAGAGAAGAGAAAACUUAUUAUGGUAUGCGUUAUGUUAUGCAUGACCUGCUGCAUGAUUUGGCAUUGAAGGUUGCAUCUCAUGAUUGUCUUAGUCUAAGUCUCCCUAGUGUUGGAUCAGUAGAGAUUCAGCCAACCACCCGUCACUUGUCUAUAAGCACAUAUGGUUUAGGUAAAUAUGAUGAAGUGUCUGGUAAAAAAUUGAAGAGUGAAUUGGAAGAACUAAAGACAAGAUUUAAGGUUGAAGAAUUGCAAGCAUUGAUGUUAUUUGGAAAAAUGGAUGAAGGUUUUGUCAAGAUAUUUGGUGAUUUUUUGGGGGAAGUGAACACUCUUCGUGUUCUUCAUUUGCCCAAAAUGCUUUGUCCCGUGGAGUUCAUGUUACAUAACUUUUCGGGACUUCUCCACCUACGAUACCUAUGUCUAGGGACACAUGACAUCCAGAUGCAUUUACCACUUAGCAUCUCUAAAAUUUAUCAUUUAAGGAUUCUAGAUCUUAAAUGGUGGAAUGGCAGUCGUGAUUUGCCUGAUGACAUGAGCAACCUUGCCAAAUUGUGCCAUUCUUAUGUCCCAAAUGAUGAUAAGCUUCAUUCUGAUAUUUAUAAUGUGGGAAAGCUUAAACUCUUAGAAGAGUUAAAGGUAUUUGAAGUCAAUAAAAAAUGUGAAGGGUUUGAACCAAAGCAACUAGAGCACUUGACCAAGCUAAGGGAGCUUGGCAUCUACAACCUUGAGAAGAUAGAUACAACAGAAGAAGCAGCUCAAGCAAAACUGAUGGAGAAAAAUUACUUGAGGAGGUUAACAUUGGACUGGGAUAGUAAGCGAUCUAGUGUUGAUCCUGGUGUGGAAGCAGCGGUUCUUGAGAGCCUUCAUCCACAUGGAGAUCUUCAGGUGUUGUGCAUUAGAGGGCACGGAGGUCCUUCUUGUCCAACAUGGCUGGGUGAUGAGUUCGCUGCUGAAGGUCUACAAGCUCUUUAUCUGUAUGGUGUUUCUUGGGAAGUUUUUCCUUCUUUAGGGAAGGCGUGGGAUCUUCGUGAAUUAAGGUUUGAGCAUAUUGCCAGGCCGAAGGAGUUUACUAUAGAGAAAAGCUUUUGCAUGCUAAUAAAGUUUGAACUCAUUGGCCUAGGAAGUUUUGAAAAAUGGAUUUUCCCAGCUGAACGAGAUUCUUCCCUGGAUGGAGAGCGGUUGCCAACGGAUGCUCAUACGUUCCCUCUCUUGCAAGUGCUGAUUAUUAAAGAGUGCCCGAAAUUCUUAGAGUUUCCAAUUUCAAACCAUAUUCUUUAUCCUAAACUACAGGAGCUCAAGAUACAGGACUGUCCAGAAUUCUUGUCUCCCAUCUCCUGGACUGAAAGUCUGCGUAAUGUCGAGUUAGCAAAUGUGAAACUAUUAAAGAGGUUUACAUACUCAGGAUCAUCCGGUGGAGCAGAAUUGAAAAUUACCGGAGAGAGUGAUCUGCUUAGCUUAGACCAAGUGUUACUUUUCAGUAAAGAAACAGGUAUUGAGAAGCUGACACUGGACAAGUGCCCACCUCUGGAGUUGAAGCACCUUCUGAUGCUAACCUCGCUGAGGACAUUGAUUGUAAAAGAAUCAGUUGGUCUAGUUGGACCACUAGGAGGAGGUCAGAGUGAUGUGGAAUGGCAGCUCCCUGUUGAGUAUAUCAAGAUCUACAAAUUAAAUGGUAAUACUGGCAAGGAACUGACAGAGCUCCUCCCCCACCUCCCAAAGCUCUCCAAAUUGGUAAUAUGGUGGUGUAAAAGCAUAAAAAAGCUGGUAGUGGGGGUGGAUGUGCAACAAACAACACAAGAAGCAUCAGAGAUGGGGGGAGGUGAAAUAACAGCAGCAGCAGAGGAAGAGGAUGAUGGGGUGCUGCUCCUCCCAGCUCAUCUCUGUGACUCACUACGGGAAUUGUGGUUCAAUUACUGCCCAGAGCUGGUCCUGGUUGACCCUCCAACUCUUGUUCCUGGUGGAGGAUGGCUCCAAGCCUUGCGAUCCCUCCAGAGAUUAACAAUACGGUGGUCCCCAAAGUUUCUAUCCACCUUCUCCUUUUCCCGUUACCUUUUUCCUUCCUCCCUGCAGUUCCUGGAGCUUGUGGGUGUGCAAGGUAUGGGAACACUGGAGCCCCUCUCAAACCUCUCCUCUCUUAUCAGAUUAGAAUUGGGUAAUUGUGGAGAGGAUCUGAAAUGUCAGGUCUUGUGGUCUCUCAUUACCACCGGCGGCCAACUCAAGGAAUUAGAAGUCAGGGGCAGCCAUAGAUUUUUUGCUGAUCGGGAUCCCAAUCCCAGACGGGCUUUGGAGGAUGCUGAGGGAGGUGAAGAGCAGCAGACACAGAUUGUUUCAUCCACACUGCAUGAGCUCGGGACAGAUGACAUAGCAGGAUUUCUUGCUGCACCCGUCUGUAGAUUCCUCUCUUCCUCCCUCACCAAGCUGAAACUUCGAGGGAAUUGGUGUGAAGGGAUGGAGCGGUUCAGCAAGGAGCAAGAGGACGCCCUUCAACUCCUCUCCUCCCUCCAGGAACUUGACUUUUCAUGUUUCAAGGACCUUCACCAACUCCCUGCAGGGAUGAGCAACCUUACCAGCCUCAAGAAAUUAACAAUCUAUGAAUGUCCAGCCCUCUCAUCAUUGCCCAAGGAUGGCCUCCCCAAAUCACUGCAAGAGCUAAAUGUCGGAUUGUGCAGCAACCAGCAGAUAAGACAGGAGUGCCGCGGAUUAGAGGGAACCAUCCCGAAAAUCGUACUAUAAUGAUCCAAGGACAAUGCCUUGUACAUUCUUUCAGCCCUGUAGAGUCCAACUCUUUUCAUGACAUGAGGGUCUUGUGGCCGUCGUCUUCCUUCCUAUACAAAAUUCUGGUGUUGUUAUGUUUGUUUGGUAAGCUUUGCAGCCACUUGUGUUUACAUUUUGUCCAAAACUCAUGAUGACCUGAUGGUGUACCUGGAACGUUCAGUUUUAAGGAUCAAAAGACCAUCACGGCAUACUGAUAAGCAUACUGUAGCAGUUCAGGCGUGGAGUCUGAAGGUAUAGUGCAUAUCCGUGCUGAAUCAGUGAAUUUGUGCAGCGUUUUACAGUU